AUUCCGCAUUUAAAAAUGGCUCGCUUCGUAUCUGAGGCGAUAAAUGUCUUCCGGUCGCCGAACUGUGUGCGUCGUUUGGCAGCUGGUAGAAAGAAGCCAAUCCAGCCGAAUCUAGAGCUUCGGCCCAAGCUGGCGUUGGUUCGUUCUUUCACUCCGCCAACGCAUUCAAGGCAAUUCGCCACAGACAGGCGGGCAGAAGACGCGAAUGAGAAGGAGGCCGACGAGCGCUCCUCUGAAGGAGCAGGAAAGAUGAACGGGCCAGACCAAUAUGAGCAAAUGCCGCCGUUUGGCCCGCGUGUGUCUUAUUCUGCACAGCCAAAAACUCAUGAGAAAGCCAAAACAACAGAAAAAUCGGCUCUAGCGGGUGGGAUCACAUGGGUAUCGUGCAUGCUGUUCUUGGUGGUGGGGGGUACAAUAUAUUACAUUUCGAGAAAGAGAAGAGUUGAGCUGGAACAGGGUACGUGUUACGGGAAAGAGAGGUGUGACUCUCAGAUGAGGAUCCACCUUUUACGGGAAAGUGUCACCCUAGAGGUGAAUAUGUGCAAGAGCACGUCUUGAACGUAUAUGCCAGAGUUAAGAGAAAGCGUACUUUCGAGGGAAGCACUGUGAUGAAUGCAUGCUUAGAUUGGAGGAGAGUAACAAAUUGGUGAUGUGCUUUGCCGCCUGGUUAUUAAGAGAGUAUAGAACUGUCCAUAUGAGCACAGAUGCGCGUGUUAUGACGUACAGUUUUCGCCUUACUUUCUUUUUUCUUUUGUAAAGCAAGAAAUCGUGUUGAGUCAGCUGGAGUGGCUCGAAUUGGAGGUCCCUUUUCAUUGGUAAAUCAUUUAGGCCGUCCCAUGACAAGUGCGGACCUUGGAGGAAAAUAUUCCUUGAUUUAUUUCGGAUUCACUUUUUGUCCAGACAUAUGUCCCUAUGAACUUCGAAAGAUGAAAAAGGCAUUGGAUCUUUUGAGUCCGGACAGUUUGGAGCAAGUCCAGCCUAUUAUGAUCACCGUCGAUCCCUGGAGAGACUCAAUUGAGCGGUUAAACGUAUAUGUACAAGGUAUGCCAUUUAGAGUUCUAUUUCCGCUUGUACAACGAAUACAACGCGCGUCAGGCAGAGGGGCAUUGCUUGUGCUCGAUGUGGUCCAUCACUGCGCGCAUCUCGAUAUGGACGGACCCGAGGGGGUGGUCGACAGGGGACACCGUGUGCGCACUGAUGACAUAUAAGCUGGUCCGCUAUCAGCACGGGUGUACGGCGAGAUACCGACCGAAGCGCACGAAGACGUGCCCUCUUUUUGAGUCAAAGACUGCGGAAAACACAUUGAACUCGGGAAUUGUUGCUACUCUUGCGCACUGACCAAUGAACGUAUUUUUUUUAUAUCGACGGUAAAUUCAGAUUAUCACCCCAAGCUGAUUGGCUUAACAGGAACGCCAGAGCAGAUCGAACAAGUAUCGCGCCGGUUCCGCGUAUACGCGAGUAAAGCCCCAUCAGAGACCGAGGAUGAUUAUCUUGUAGACCACAGCGUGUUCAUGUACCUCAUGGGUCCGGAAUUCAAGCUGGCCGAUUAUUACGGUAUUGAUAUGGAGCCGUCUGACAUUGCAGAGAGAAUUCAGUCGCGGUUGGAGCUCGACCAUUCCGUACCCAAGAGGAACUCUUUCCAAAAACUUAAAAAUUUCUUGAAGAGCCUGUCGAGCUAAUGACAUUUCCGCUCGUUAUAACCGUACCAUGCCAUUUCUACUCAGAGAGAAGGCGCGGUGCUCUGAUCGAGCCAAGAAUGAAGGCUGAAUUGCUCACUUUGCGUGCCUGAAAAAGGUAUAUUGGCUUCGUUUGUGCACAAAUGGUUCAAUUUGUGCUGAAUUCGAAUACCACCGACCGCAGUAUCAUUUUUUUUGUGAGAUAGAAUACGUCGCCUCGACGACGCCUCUUGAGAAAGCCGAUUCGACCUUUGUCCCACAUCAUUGAGCAUAAAAAAAUCGGCGCGCGCCGAAAGGCCUAGUUUGCGUUAUGGACGAAUGUCGGCCCUGCUAUUUAGGCGAGAUAUGCCGCUUUUUAUUUUUGAGGGCAAAGGUUUUUCUAUUGUUUGGAGCGAAUUCGAGCGGGCCAAUAUUCAGGGUGCUCAGUGUAGAGCGUAUUAUAAUAAUCAUCCAAUUUUUUCCUGAGCGGAAUAUGAUGUCCAUAGCGGAAGGUGCAGGACACAAUGGUAGCCGUUACGACGGCAAUUGUCAUAUAUCUAUAAAAAAGUGAGACGUAUUGAGGGUGCGGGACCGUCCAUGUGUGCCAUAUUUUAUAAUUGUUGCCUGUUUUGAACUGUUCGUAUUGGGGUACACUUCCUUCAGAAAUCAAAUGCAGGUAUCGUGAUUUGGCGAGCUCAUCUUGACCAAGUUUCGAGAUAUCUUCCAUCGAUUGAAUUAAUUUAUGCUUGACCAGGCUUUCAUGCCAUUUCGAAAGUACAUUCAUAUCAAGCGCAUAUGCAGACAGUAGAUUGUAACCUGGUUUCAGAUGACGUGAAUGUGAUUUUUGCACAUAUUCAUUUACGAAUCGGUCGUAAAGUACACCGAUCCCAAACCAACUCUUGCGUAGCUCGACGAGCUUCACAGCCCAGGGGGAUGGACGAAAACCCUCGUGAAACUCCUUCAACUUUUGUAAGGAUUCUUGAACCAUUUCUAUUUUCCAAUGCCGUGAACACAAAUAAAAAAACAAAUGAAUUUUUAAUUUUUUUUGUAAUAUUUCUGCAACGACGAACUCUGCUCUUUUAGCCUGGAUUUGCUCCUCUUAUGAUUCACAUCUUGUCAAUGUUUGCAUUCUCUUAUACCCUUCCACAUCUAGACACUUCUUUUUAAAAAAAUUUCUGCCUUAGCAAAAGCCAGCGCGCACUCUUCUUUGCACCGACCUUCCCUCUUAGCACACCAAUUUUUCUUUUUUCUGUGGGCCUAUCUGCGCCGAUCAUUCAGUGCUUAUGUCCGCGUCGGUCAUCCUCACUUUUUUUUUGCUUCUUCCGCCGCUUCUGCUCUUUUUAUAAAAAAAUCCUGCCAAAAUUUGUUUAUUUCUUCGCCACGAGCCAUCCCUCUUUAGCCACUUGUUCAUCUGUAACCAUGGCAUCUCUAUCUGUAAAAGCGGUGUAUGACUAUCUCGUCAUAGGAGCUGGGAGCGGAGGCAUGGCUAGCGCUCGAAGAGCGUCCAAUCUUGGCGCUAAAUGUGGCAUUAUCGAGUCUAACAAAGUAGGCGGUACCUGUGUCAAUGCUGGAUGCGUCCCAAAGAAAAUUAUGUACAAUGCAGCAACCAUUGCGGAAACGCUGCACACUUCUAGAGAUAGCUGUUACAAAUCCAUCCAGAGCAUUCCAGCGUUCGAAUGGACGGAUGUCAAGAGGUCCAGAGAUGCGUACAUCGCAAAUUUGAACAAUGUUCACACCAAUUCGCUAGAAAAGGACAAAGUUGAUGUGAUAAGAGGCAAGGCGAAGUUUGUGGAUCCCCACCGAAUAGAAGUAAACGGUGAAAUCUACGAAGCUAAGCACAUAUUGAUCGCGACUGGUGGAUAUCCUAUUUACCCAAAUAUACCUGGUGCUGAGUACGGUAUAACAAGCGAUGGCUUUUUUGAGUUGGAGCAUCUUCCGAAGAGGGUUCUGGUGGUUGGUGCCGGGUACAUUGCAGUGGAGUUGGCAGGAAUUUUUUCUAUCUGCGGUGCGGAGACGAUGAUGCUAACGAGACGAGAUAACGUGCUCUCCAAAUUUGACGAAAGCAUCGGCGAGAUAGCUACUAAAAAUCUAGAAGAUAUGGGCAUUAAAAUUUUCAAACGUACCGCUGCAUCGAAGAUUGAAAAGCAUAACGAAAAAUUAAAAUGUUUUGUUACGAAUUUUGAUUUUCAAAAACCAUCUAGUCCCAAGCACUUUGAUUUCGUUAUCGAAAAUUUAGAUUGUGUUCUCUGGGCGAUUGGACGAAAUCCCUGUGUCUCUGACCUCAAUCUAUCUGCAGCGAAUGUCCAGCUCACCGAGAGUAAUUAUGUAAUGGUCGAUGAUUACCAAGUGACGUCUGUACCACAUAUCUAUGCCGUGGGCGAUGUGGCUAGCCGCCAACCAGAGCUUACACCCGUGGCCAUCGCUGCAGGUCGAUGUUUGAGCGACCGUCUGUUUGAUCCGAACUGCAAAGAUAAGAAACUUGACUAUAGCAUAGUGCCUUCAGUGAUCUUCAGCCAUCCUCCGAUCGGAUCGGUUGGACAUUCACAGAAGAGCGCGGAAAAAACCUUCGGAAAGGACAACAUCAAGGUCUACAAGUCGGUAUUCACCAAUUUAUACUAUGCUCUAUCUAACAAAAAGCAAAAGACUUUUAUCAAAUUGAUCGUUCAGGGGCCCAACGAGAAGGUUGUCGGUCUUCACAUCGUCGGGAUGGGUGCAGACGAGAUGCUUCAGGGAUUCGCUGUAGCAAUAACAAUGGGAGCUACCAAGAGUGAUUUCAACAAAACGAUUGCUAUUCAUCCUACCGCAGCUGAAGAAGUAGUCACGCUAUUUUGACCGCCUUUUUGAUUUCGAGAAUUGAUUUCUUGGCUGAAUUCUCCCUAUAAAUACGGAGACUCAUGCACGCCAAUCACAUUCUUUGAGAGUCAAAUGUGCGCGUACAACGAGUACACCAAAAUGCUAAAAAUAAGACAUUUCAUCCAUAAUCACCCUUUUUCUUGCAGUUUGUGGUAUUUUUGUGUUGUGCUCGAAGAAUUGCACAAUGCCAAGAAACUUUUUUUCGCUCAUCAGCAAACAGUUAUUUUUGACAGUUGUCAAGCACCCGAAUUAUGGACUUUCGUGUAGUUCACCGGUUAUUCGGGGAUACAGGUGCGCUCGGGGCAGAGGCAGUUCGUAAAAGUCGAUGGCGUACCCUACGAGAGACGGGACUUGCUGGAGAGAGUGCUUUUAGCUAAGUGAGGCCCACGUGUUCUCGACGAACAUAGCUGUGUGUGUCGGUCGUGUGCGGAAGGAGCCUAGAGGUGCUCCGAGAACGAAGUGCGGUGCAGCAGCGAUCGCCGUAUUUAGAGCCGUGUGUGUGCUUUGUAUGGCUAAGCAUUUUGUAAUCGUCAGUUAGACGAGAAGGCGUGUCGAAUUUGAAUUUGAAUUGAGUGCUCCACAAGAAUGCCGGAAAGAACAUUUUUCAAGGUGAGUCGUCUUAUCGUUGAAAAAGAAGGAAUCGAGAUUCGAUCAAACGCUCAAAAAAAAAUUUUUCGCAGAGACGAGAGCGAGAUUACUUUAGUCGUUCUUUGUUUUUCGAGUUUGUUAUGCUUUGAGAUUUGGGGCCAUGAACGAAAUGUAUGAUGGAGCAUCAUCCUCGGGGCCACCGUCUAUAUCUCUGAGGGCGGUUCUAAACAAGAUAUCUAUUUCGAGAGCAACGGCCAGAGAACUUUGGAAGGUAUGCACUGAGUUGCGGCAAGCUGAAGGGAGAGGAGAUAGAGUAGGGAAGAUGCACAAGGAUUUUAGAGCAUUCGGCAAGAGGGGAGAUUUGAGUGAGGGGUGCGCAUUUUUAACAUAGCUUCUGCGCAUACAAUUUAUGUGGACACAUGCAUGGGAAUGUGUGUCUUUAGAAGGGUUUGGUGGUUGGUUUGUUUAAUUUGCAAAACGAAGUGUUGUUCGAGGCGUGUACCGAUUUUUGCAUUGAAAUUGCCAAUAUCGACGAGGCGCGCACAUACUUUAAAGAAAGUGACGGUAUGUUCAGGUAGGAGAAAAAGUUUUUUUUUAGGGGACGUUGGAAAGAGCUCGGACGGCGCAGGGACGGCGGGGGCGGUCUUUUUUUCGCAGCUUAGAGCGCGGAGAGAGAGAGGGCACAGCAUGGCAUGUGUGCGAACGAUAAGUGUAGCCUAUUCCCUGAGUCUGCGCAUACAGAGCUCUAUAAAUAGGGAUUCUCGAUACAAAAAUUUUGUAUACAAGGCAAUUGUGUAUGGCGGGUAUGGUGUGUGCGAGGUGGUUGCUUUUUGGUUAGAGGGAGAAAAGGAUGCAGUUUAUUCGUUUCAGUCGGUAACAGAUGCGAUGGUGAGUCGUACUGCAUGAAUUUUUUUAGGCGACGCUUCUGAGUUGUAUGAUCAUUUCAGGGACCAGAUAGUUUGUUUUGGGAAGUUUUUCAAUGACAUUAAGAAUAUGCAAGAUAAGGCGUUUUAUGACAAGUACGUGCGCCCACUGGGGUUAGAGAAGCUCUAUUGCGCCGCGAAGGGCAUUCAGAAGCAGCCUGGAGAGUUGUGUGAGCUGAGGAAGACGACGAUGAAGCUGAGGUCUCAGUUGAAGAGCAAUCAAUCGGCGUUAGAAGAAUCUGAAAGUCGAUACGCUGCGUUGAAGAGGAAGUAUGCGGCGCUCGAAAGCGAACUGGAUGCGUCUAAACGAGCUUGCCAAAGUCAUGUGAAGAAGUGUGCGGCGUUGAAAUCCCAACUGUCCGUCGUCAAUGCUCAGCUUGUCGGCGUGAAGGAGGAUAAGUUGGCGUGUAAAAAGGCUAUGAAAGAUCAGAAGUCGAAGCACGCCGAGUUGGGUCGGACUUACUGGCAAUUGGUGAAUGAACACGAGAGGCUGAAGAAGGAGUGCUCGGAGUUGAAGGAGAGUCUAGAACGCAGGGCUGCUGCAGUUGAUUUGAAGCAGGAUGAAGAAGACGCUCAAGUCAGGAGCAGGAACCAAGUUGGAGAUGCAUGCCGUUUAUCUGUGUGUACUCGAUGUGGUUGUUUAGUGAGCCACUUGACGGGGAGUUCUGAGUCUGCUGGUGAUCGCCGCCUUGGGCUCUCCUCAGCCAAGGAGACGUCUGGUGGCUUGGUUGAGCAAGAGGGGGUGGACGAACAGGACGACGCGUCGGGGCCUGUGAGAAACAGAGAGAAAAAUGUGGUUACCAAGGUGUCAAAUAGCAAGAAAAGCGGUACAAAAAACGUCAAGAGGUGCGCGGUCGGUGUGAAAGGCGACAAAAAGCUUACGGCCGGUGACAUGAACGCGAUUGAGGAUAGCGGUAGAAUGAGCGAGACCGGCAGUGUUGCAGGUGUCGCUAGAGAGGAGAAUGGGGUUGGCGAGGUCAUGGCGGCCGAGCUGAGCGGCAUGUCUGUCAUCACGAAGGGGGAAAAAACAGAUACAAAAAGUAGUGAGCAGGGAAAAGGAGGUGCUGGUGACGCGCUCGGCGCAGCGAAGCUUCAGGAAGGUGUUGCUUGUGUGGGGGGGAAAAGCGGGGAUGGUGGCGAUGCUGAGGGGGGCUUAGGUGACACGGGUGGCUAUGGCGACGCAGAAGAGGAGAGGGGUAGAUUGAGGGUGGGCAGCGAGUGUGUCAACGUGUGGAGCAAUCAAAUCUCGGGUGAGAAGGGGCAUGAGGGCGUCAUGAAGUCGUGGCCUGAGGGCUACAACUACGAGCAUUUGGACGCUGUUGAGAACAGGAAACGAAACACGUCAAGUAGAGAGGAAGCAUUCAGCAGUGACAACACAUUUUUGGCGUGUUCGUUUGAUUUUUGGAGGGCCGUUUCCUGCGUGAAUAAAGACGAGCUACCUAAGAGGAUGUUUGACAGGAUGCAUCAUAUGGAGUCGAUUAUAAACACGUUGCAAGAAGAGUUGGUACGCGUGAAACAGAUGUACGCCGAGCUCCAACAGCAGAAUAGCGAGUUGCUAUCGUGCCAGUCGCAGCUGUCCCAGACGGACGAUCUGAACAGGAGGCUCUUAGAGCACUAUAGGUACGUGAUGAACAUUACCAAGACGGUGGAGGAGUCGGAUUCUGAAGACGAGCAGGGCGUCCUGUGGCUACCGUGAGGGCGCGGUGCAUUGGUUGAGUGUGCAGAGUAAAUAUAUGUCUAGAGUGAGGGGGGACGGAACUGGGGAGAUACGUUUUGUUUCUCC